AAAAGGCAAGUGAAAGAUAAGAGGGGAGGUGCAGUUUCCCAAAGAGGCAGCUCUCUUCCCUCUUCCUGCCCAACCUCUGGCCGGUCCUGUCCUCCGGCUGAGCCUGACCGGCCCUGCAAUGGACCCCGAGUCAGAGGAGAAGCCCUGCUGCAAUCUCUCCAAGAAAGUCAAGAUCGGGCUCGGCAUCCUGUGCGUCCUGGUUGUGGUGGCGAUUGUCGUGGUGGUGGUGGUUGUAGUCCUGAAGUUGGGCCAGGCGCACACGCACAAGGAAUGGAAUGGGACGGGCACCACCCCCCAUUUUUCUGACAUCAUUCUGGGACGAUGCUACACUUACACUCAAAUCGAGCAGCCGGAGCUGAGCCAGAAAGACUGCCAAGAGAUAGUGAAGGCGUUCCAGAAUGCGUUUCUUUCUAAGGACCCCUGUAGCUCCAGGGAGAAAGAUUACCAGCCGCUGCUGAACCUGACCAGUCAAACCAUACCCUGCGGCAAGGUCGUCUUCUGGAGCAAGGCCGGCGAGCUGGCGCAUCAGUACACGCGGGUGCAGCGGGAGAUGUUCACGCUGGAGGACACGCUGCUGGGCUACAUGGCCGACGGCCUCAGCUGGUGCGGAGAUGCAGGCUCCUCUGACAUGAACUACCAGUCCUGCCCCCACCCGAGGAAAGACUGCCGCAACAACACGGUGUCUGUGUUCUGGGACACGGUGUCCAAGAGGUUUGCAAAAAGUGCCUGUGGUACGGUCCAGGUGGUGCUCAACGGGUCCUACAGUAACACCUUUGAUAAAAACAGCACCUUUGGACGUGUGGAAAUCUAUAAUUUGCGUCCGGAGAAGGUUCCUACACUACAAGCCUGGGUGAUGCGUGACCUUGAAGGACUUCCCAGUCACACAUGCUCGAGUUCCCUCAUCAAUGAUCUGAAGUUGAUUUUAGAAGAGAGGAAAAUCGCAUUUACCUGCCAGGAUGACUACAGGCCUCUCCGGCUGCUCCAGUGCGUGAGAAAUCCUGAGCAUCAGUCUUGCAGAUCUGUAAUGUGAGCCAUCGGCGUGACGGUUUCAGAUCUCUGAGCUCCCUCGGUGUACGUGGCCGUGCGUGAUGCGGGAGGCGUGCCGGCGGAAAGCUGGGGACCUGGGGGACCCUCUGUCAUCACGUCAGCAAUGGAGAUGGAAGCCUUUCCCCGCCGAAGUCUUAAAAUAACUUGUGUUACUGCCAUAGUUUUUAUUUUGAUCUCUUAACAUUCAAGAAAAGAUGAAUUAUUCUGUAAAGUUAAAAUGAAAAUUUUACAUUAGUUAACUUUUUAAAAAAUUUGUAAGAGUUUAUCUGAACCCUGAUGACAUGUCCGGGAGCAAGAUCUCAAAACACUCUCUUAAGUUAUCCGAUGGUAGUUUUCAGCCAAUGCUUUUAUGUUGUUUGUGUGUUGGUAACAUCCUUUCUGUGGAAGGAUGACCACACCCCUCCUCUCUUAUUGGACCAUGUAAGUAAAGAAAGGUAGAUGCCUAAGCUUUUCAGAAAAUGUGACAUUUCCAAAUGAAUGACCUUGUCCCAGGAUCUAUUUUUGUGCCCUUUUUACAGAUACACUACCAUGCUAUGGUUGUGGGUCACGCUGGGGAAAAUAUUCUGUAGGCAAUAAGCUACUCAUGUGCUUGGUUCUUUACCUCUAACCCUGCUAAUAGCUCUGUGAGGCUGAUAUUGCUAUCUCCCGUUUGGUAGAGGAAAAGGUGGAAGAGAGGUAACAUAAUUCACCUAAUGUCAUACACGGGGUUCCAGGUAGAGGCCAGUCUGAACUCAGCUUUUUCUGACUCCAAACUACAUGUGCUUUCUCUUUCUCGGCCUAUAAUACCAAACUGGAAGUGCCUUACGUUCUCUCUCAGGAAAGGCAUGUCAGGUUAAAUUGAACACAGCAGAAUCUGGAAUGUAAUUUUUCUGGAUGGCUUCAAAACGGUUAUAUUUUUUCCUCUUCUUCCUUUUCCUCCUGCCCCUCAUGCUCAGUGUUUUACAUAUGUAGUCAGGAGUUAAACUAUGUUGUUGUUCCUGAUCCUGGCAUUUCGGUUUGUCCCUUUCUCUUUUUUUCUUGGUCCGCCUCGAUCAGGAAUGAUCACUUGUAUUACCUCUCAAAGAAACAACCUUGAGCUUUGUAAAUUUUGUCUUUGUAUUGGUUUUUGUUCUUCUCUUUAUUAUUAAAGAUAAAGAAAUUCCUUAAAAUAUCUUUGGAUUUUUAAAUUCAGCUUUUUGCAAUGGAAGUUGAGAUCACUGAUUUUUUUUCCCAGUUCAUUUUCUUUUCUUAUACAUAUAUUCAGUACUAUAAAUUUUCCUCUGAGUACUGCUUUAGCUGCAGUUCUUAAGUUUGGUUCUAAGUUAAUUUCUUAGAUAAAAAAUAUUUUCCAAUUUAAUUCUCAUUUAGAAAUGUGCUGUUUAAUUUUCAAACAUCUGGAGAUUUUUUAGUUUUAUUUUAAAUAUAGAUGCAUUGAAUACAAAAUUAUUAAACUAAUUUGAGGCUCUUUGAGGGAACCCACUAGGAUUGCUGAAAACAGUAUACAUUUUGGAGUAAGGCAUUUCUGGGUUCAUAUUUUGGCAUCACUCUGUGAUCUUGAAUGAAAUACUUAAUGUCUCUGAAUAUCAGCAUCCUGGCCACUCCAAUAAAGAUUAUAAAUGUAUCCCCAUUGAAGUGUGGUAAGAACUAAAGAAGAGGACAAAAACUGACAAGCCACUGAGCCUCCUAUGUGAGCGAGUCCUCAACCAAGGUUGACUCCUUCCUGCCUGCCACUGGUUGGCAAUCCUGUUUCCUUCAGGAGCCUUGUAGCUACAGCCACUGUGGUCAGUCUGCAAACUCUUCGGUAGCCCCUUCUCCACUUCAACACAUCCUCAUGGGAUGCAGUGCUGGCUGGGCGUGAGGCUAGGUGCUUGGGACCAGCUCUGAUUAAGAUUCAGACUUGCCCUACAUUUCAAUGACCUCCGCCUGCAGAAUGCUCUUAGCAACAGGUCCCUGCCAAUCCACGGGGUGGCCAGACUGUCUUCCUCUCUGGACAGUGCCCGCCUUAAUGCUUGCUGGGCUUGCUUGGUGAUUUCCGGAUUCUCUAAAUGUAUGUUUCUUAUUCACCCAGAUCCACCAGGAAGUAGCUGCCUAUGUCAGAACAAUUUUGUUCUUUGCCAAAUCCUCUGGCAAAGACGAGAUAGGUGGGGGGAAAUCAAUUCGCAAGAGGUUUCUUCCAAGAAGACUCAUUUGAGUGUUCAAGUCACAGUUGGUGGACACUAAGGGAGGCUGGUCCCAUGGUCUUCGCAACCAUGGGCUGCAGAGGCCCCUGGAGCCCUGGGGUGGCUGAGGGCUGGGGAGCUCUUUCCUCACAGCAUUACCUCUGUAUCUUUAUUAUUAUGACCCCCAUCUCUGCCUCCUGUCUCUCUGUAGUUGCCACUUGUGUAUCUUUGUCAUGGACCAUGCAGCCAUGUCUAGUCCUAUGGCCUUUCUGGCUUACAUAUAUAAAUCGAUCCUCUAUGUCCCUCUUUCUGUAAGUGACGUCUUUACUGAAUUAGCAAUUGCUCAUAAACCUCAGUGUUUACUCAUAAACCAUCUACCCUGUCUCCACCACACUGCAUUCCUGUUUGCUCCAGAAAACCCUUGUAUUAUCCCGAUGCACACCCACUACAUACUUGACCCAGAGGCCGUGGGAAUAAUUCAGGACCUAAUUUCCCUUGUCUAACUCCCGAAGCCUCGCUAUUUUCCUUCUGUAGUGGUUCUUGACCUUAUUUUUGAGGCACACUUUCCAAUACAGCUCUGAAAUUUUAGGCUGAAUACUUGAAAAGGUAUACACACACGUGUGUGUGUGCAAAUACCGUAUUUACAUACACACUUGCAUGACACAAAAACCAUGCCUCUGAGUCCACAGUGACUCUGCAUUCAGUGGGCCUUUCUUGUCACUUGCCCUUGGUCACUGUUGGCGUGGACCGGUUUAGUGCCAUAUCUGUGUCUCUUACAUACCUGACAGACAAAGCUGGAUGUACAUCAAACAUUUUGGCAAAACACACUCUUUCUCUGGCUUGACGGUUUUCUGCACCCUUCACUUUUGUUGAAACACGCUCAUCCCACGUGUUCACAGCCCCGGACACAAGGGAUGCAGCCGGAGAGGCGUCUGCUUACCUCCUGGCAUCCCGUUCUCCUUAAAACAGUUCCUAAGGCUGUGACUUGAGUAUCUCAGGGAGAAUCCGUACUGUUUCUGUGGGUUUUUAAGCGUAGAAGUUAUAUGUACUAGAUAAAUGUUAUCUCCGGCAAAUUAAAAUUGUAUAAAGUAAAAUGUGAAAUUAAACCUAGAGCAUGCUAUAACUAUAAAAGGUAUUUUAUGAAUACAGUGUUAACGGAUACUGUCCACAGUUUUUAAAUAACAAAACAAUAAUUUAUGUGACUAAGAAUCAUCAUUUCAAUGUACGUAUAUUUUUAAUGACCCACCAAGGAGUCAGUUCUGUGUGUCUCCAUCAGAGGCAGAGGUUAGCUGGCCCUCAGUUCACGCUCACAAAGCACAGAAGGUUUUGAACUGGUCCCUAGCAAGGAAUUUAUCCUUGAACUUGAUUCAUAUCAUUGCACAUUGCCAUGCUCAUCUUCUGAUCGAAGUGCCGGCAGCAAAAGAUAGCAAAAACCCCGGAGUAAGAGACAGAUGACCCAUUAGGCAUGUUCAUGAACACCUGUGAAUUUCCAGUUUGGAAAAUGCUUAUAAUAGACAUAAAUGAGUUAUAUAAACAAUAAAAGAAUAAUAAAAAGA